CAGUUCUCUUGUUUUGUUGUCACUCUUUAUUCCUUAGUCUUUGUUCUCAUUCCGUAUGGUUUAGUUUAUUCGCAGUUUUCUCCUGAUCAUUUUAAUUUCAAAUAGUAUAAAACUCAUUUAAACACGUUUAAAAGUAUAAUUGUAUAUUUAAAAAAAUUGUAAUGCCAUUUAUAUCGAAAGAUUGGCGUUCUCCAGGGGAAGUAUGGGUUAAAACAGAAGAAGGAUGGGAAAAAAAGAAAAUUCUGGAAUGUUGCAAUUUCUUACUUGGACAACAAAAUAAUUUAUUAACCAGGUAAAAUAAUGUAUAGACAAUAUACAUUUAUUGAAUUAUUAACAUUUAAAUUUAAGUCCAGGCAUCCUUUUUUUCUUGUUAUAAUUAUUAGAGCCUUGCACUAGAAUUCCACUACCCAUUUUACAUGUAUAUAUUUUUUUAAAUAACAAUUUAUAUUUUGAAAUAAAAUGUUGGUAUUAAAAAUAUUUAAUAAUGAUGAAUCAUUAAGUUUCUAAAAUUUUCUGAAGUUUACAAAAAUGAUUAAAAAAAUAAUUUUUCAUAGUAAAACCUUAGAAGAAAUUGGUGUUUUGAUUGAUACUAUUAUUUAACUGUGGCAACAAAAAUGAUUUAAAUUAUCCAUGACUUCAACAAAUUGUAGAACAUAAUGAUUUACAAGAUAAUUUAUUAUUAAUAUAGGUAUUUGUAACAACAAAAUUUUGUUUCAAAAUAUAUUUAUAAAAUGACUUAGUUUUUGUAAAAACAAGUUUUAGUUUUCGUUUUUACACUUUUCCACUUAUCAACUAACCGAUACAUAUUUAGUAGGAUUGGGUAUGGUUGUUUUUACUCAUGUAAAUGACUGUGGGAAAAACUUACGCCUAGUAAAAUGCUCCAUUUUCAAUUUUAUUAUUUUUUUUUUUCUAUCAAAUGAGCAAAAUUUUUUAUUGGACAUAUUGAAAACUAAUUUUUUAUUUAUCAGAAAAAAGGUUAAAUAUAACAAAAAUUUAAAAUUUCCAAAUGCAUAACAAAGUUUCAAAAAAUUUGAAUUUCGAAAAUUUGAGUUCAAUACAAUUUAUACAGUUUUCUUUAUUCAAAUUUUCAAAUAAAAAAAUCCAUAUUUAACUACGGAAUUUGAGUUUGUUUUGUAAGUCAUGUUUUCGUAUAAAAUAUAUGAUACCUUCUGACAGCCCUAAGUUUCAUAACACUAAAUUAACUCUUUUUAUCUGUACAAUUACCAAUAAAUAGACAUUUUAAAUAGGAACUUUAAAUGAAACAAUUUUUAAUUUUUAUAUUUCUUGUAAACUAUUUUCAGAUAUUCUGUUACUAAACACUGUAAUAAAGAAGAGUCUGAAACAAGUGAUAACUGGUAAGAAAUUUAUUAACAAAUAGUAGUAUUUAUAAUUUUAUUUUCAGUGUAGAGAUGUAUCUAAAUACUAUAAAUUGUGAAUAAAAUUACGUAUUCAUACAUUUAUAAUUUAUAAAGAAUCGUUAUUUAGGAUUUUAUCCCAAGCAUAUAUAUAGGCAUUUUCUUAAUUAUAAUUUUAGAUAUAGGUUAUCUACGGGAAUUUAAAUUCUAAAGUAUUGUCAUUUGUUAGAUACUUUUUAGAGAUAAUUUAUUAUUUUCUUAAUUACUUCUUGCUAGAUACUUAAGUAUUCAAAUAUUAGGUUUGUAUUUUAAGAUUUAAAAUUAUCUACCUCCAUAUUUAACUAUAUUAAUUAUUUAUAAUGUGGAUAGAUAAUUGUUGUUUUAAUUUCAAAAUCAUAAUUAUUAUUAAAGCAAAUUAAUUACUAAUAAUAGAAUAUUUACUAAAUAUUGAUUUUUGGAUGUAUCAAUUUCAGACAAUUUUUAAGUGAAAAUUUCUUUUAAAACCUCAUUAAAUCAUAUUUAAUAAAGUCAAUCAUAAUUAUAUUUAUAAUUUUAUAAUCAUUUAAAUUUCAUAAAACUCAUAUUUUUUUGAUAAUAUACUUGAAUCUAUGAUGAGUAGCAAGAUCUUUAUACAGUCCAGCAUUAAGAAAAAAAAAUGUUUCAAUACGCCAUUGAUAUCUUAUAUAAGUGAAUUGUUUAUUUAAUGGUAUCAUGAUAUUUACUAGUUUUCACCAAGGUGAGUUAUGUAAGAUGAGUGCCUUACUCUCAGCACCUAUUUACUUUUAGAUUCUGAGUGUUAUAAAAAGCUACUAGUUAAACAACAAUGUUUUUUCUCGGGAAAACAUUUUGAUGUUGUGUUUCAAUGACCUACCUCAAUAUCACUUAUAAUUUUAUUAUUAUUGGAUUACAUAUUACUAUACAAUAGUUAUGUACAAUGAUUCUGUAGGUUACAUAUUCAACCACAACCCACUAAAAGUAGUAAAAAUGGUUUGAUAUUUUCAUGUCAUACUUCAAACGAUAAAAAUUGUUCAGCUUAUGUAGUGUUAAUUUUAAUAUUUUUUACAUUUCCCAUUACUUUUUUAAAAAAAAAACACCAUAAGUAGCUGAAUGCUCAGUUUUUAAUGCAGUAGGUACCUUAGAUGCUGAAUUUUUAACAAGUGAUACUUUUGUAUACUUCACCCACUUAAUAUUUUUUUUUGUUUUUUUGAUUUAUAUUGAUUUCUGGGUUACAUUGGUAACAAGAGGAAACUUCUUAAAUUAAACCAGUUUAAUGAGUUCCACUCAAAAUCGUUUUUGUUUGCAAUGAUUUCUACUAAAUUACUCUUUUUAGGUACUUUCCCUACUUCUUUCCUAGGACUUAACUUGCUAUGAUAAAAAAAAAAACUUAAGUAAUAGUAAAUAAUAAUAAUUGCUGUUUGUUUAUGUCAUCAUUUAAAGCCAGAAAUAAAAAAAAAAUUGCAAUUGUAUUGUGAAGCCAAAAUUCAUACUCUAGUCCCAUUUUAGAAGUUAAAUUUUGGAUAAUCUCUGUUAGAUUAUACAUUGUAAAUUGAAUAUACUAACCAAAUUUCAUAGUUGCUUAUUAAUUAUUAUUAUAUCUUUAUAGUGAUUUCAACUUGGCAAUGAUAAAUCAGACUGUCAGAACUAUAGGAUGAGUUAUUUUAAAAUGUGUAAUACAUUGCAUUAAAUUAUAAUUAGAUUAAUAAGAAACUUAUUUUGUUUUACAUAAUAAAUUACUAUUGAGUAACAUUUUUUUAAUUAGGUUGGCACAUUUUGAAAUACGUUAAUACAAAUUAUAUAAUAUGAAAAGGUACUAUAACAAUUGAAUUUCUCACAUUUAAAAGAGAAAAAGUGGAUUUAUAUGAAAUUAUAUAAAACCAUAUGUUCUUACAUAAAUAAUGUGUUGAAUAGUCCUAUAUAAUCAGUCAACCUAUUUAUUUAUUUUAAUAAAAGUAAAAGAAUCAUUAGCAAAAACUAGAAUAUUUAGAAUGUAUUACAAAAUCAGAUGCACAUAAUAUAAGUAUAUGUAGGUAAUUACCAGGUAUAUUACCUACCUACUACUUAUAUUUAUUAUACUAGGAUAUUGUAAAUUGUAAUUGCACGUUUUCUUGUAAAAUAAUGUUACUAAGUAACAGUACUUACGUACAUAGUAGUACAUUUUGUUUACAGAAAUGUAUUUUAAAUUUUGAACAAAAAAUAGAGUAUUAACUUUUUUUAUGUGUGUAAAGUAUAGUAUGUUGUUUUUGCAAAUAUGUCACUAAAAAUUAACUAAUAAUUUGAAUCCAAAAAUAACUUCCUGUAUAGUUUAUAACAGGUUACAUUUUUCAAUUUAAAAUAUAAUUGGCUUUAAGCCACUAGUUGAACUAUGGCAUUUUUUAGUCUUAAUAAAAAUAUUUGGAAGAUUUCCAAAACCUAUCCAGCUUGUAUACAAAGCUAAUAUUUAUUGUUGUAGACAAUUUAACAAAACAAUAAGAAGCUUUUGAUUUAUUUAGGUAUUUAAUGUUUAUUCUGAAUUUAAAUUUAGAACAAAAGAUACGUUAAAUAAUUAAUAACUAAAUGAAACUAUAAGUUAUUAUUAGAUAUUUUAAAGUUUAUUUACUUAUUAUGUUAUAAAAGUUACUACCACAAUAAUAAUAAUAUCAAUUUUAAUGAUAACAUUAAGCUUUGAAAAGGAUAAAUUGACAUAAAAUGUAUAAAAGGAUCCAUUAAAAGACUAUUCAUAUUAAUUUGUGUUGAGUAUGUAAUUUUACUUUUACAGUAAAUUUCAAAGUUAGAUAGUUGGACUAAAGUAAGGUUUCUUGAUGGGAUUAAAAGAAAGUACCGAAAUACCAUUCCAAUACAAGAAAACGGGGAGAGGGCGAUUUUUACUAUUGAUAUGAGAUACUUAUAAUGAAAAUCAAGCUUAGAGUAUAUUGGAAUUAAAAGUAUAUUUGGGAGGGAACGGAAGGGAGGUAUUAUAGAUGAUCAUCCUUCCUGGAUCCACCAGUAACUAUGGAAAAUUCAUUAACCCGCAUUUUAAUAUGACAUCUAUUUUGACACUAGAUUUGAAUAAGUCCAUUUUUAAAAUACCUAAUUAUGAAUCAUCAUAGAUCAAUAAUUGAUUGAGUUCAAAUCAUUUUAAAUUAAUGUAAAUACCGUUUUGAAUUUAUCAAAAUAUUUAAAACACUUGUAUACCUAAUACAUAUUAUAUUAUUAGGUAGGCAGGUAUAUAAAUAAGUGAAGUAAAUAAUUAAUACCAUGCAUACUACAUACCAUAAAUUUUCUUUGCAAUUUAAUCUUUUUGUCAAAAACAGAGAUUUUACACUUAAAAAUUCAAGUAUCUAUUCUAAAUAAGAUAACUUCAAACCGUUACUAAUUUUAAAGUUUCUUAAAGUAUUUUUUGUUUUGUUAUCUUCUGUAUAGUAAUACCAAUUGUCAAACUAAUUUUUGGUUAUUUAAUUCAAGGUCAUUGAUUAUAGGCUAAUAUUUAAUUAUGAAAAUGUAAUUUCAAAUCUGAAAGUAUAUAUCUCUUGUUGUGGAAUAAGGAGUUUUAUUUAAUCGGAACUAUACCGUGAUUAGAAUAUCAUAUAUAAAAAUGCACAUAUAUUUGUCAUUACACAAUUAUGUUUAAUGAUGUAGGUGUGUGUGUAUUAUGUUUACAUUAUUUUUUUUAUAGGAACGAUAUUAAAAGUACCGAGGAAAAAGAAAACAAAGGCUCUAUUAAUCAUUACAAACGUCCCAGAACAAAAUAUACUAGUGAAAGUCAAUGUAAGUGUUUGUAAUUUUUUAAUAUAUAUACUUUUGAUAUUUAAUGUUGUUAACAUUUGAAUUGAAACAUAUUUUUCAAUAUCCAAAUAUUUUCAAGUGUAAUGUUGAAAAAUAAAAAUUGAUGCGUGCUAUUUGACCUUCUUAACCAUUUGUGGUUGUAAACCACAAAGCAAAGUGACUCAUUAGGUUAAUGGCCUAAUCGCUGUAUUCUUAGAAUAUUUUUUGUUUUGCCUUUCAUAAAAAAAUUAAUUUAAAUAGGUAGUAUCUAUUAAUUAAAUAUACUAUAGUACAGUGCAAAGUCUAAUAAAAUGUUAGAGAUAGUUGUUAUUUUAUUAAAAUAAUAACCAGAGAUCAGGUUUUUUAGCACUGAAGAAAACAGAAAUAUGCUCUAUAUGUCUAAAAAAAAAUGAAAAAUAGGAAAAAAAAAUUUAUUUAUUUUUUUAAAAACAUAAAUACAACCAAUAAAAAGUCAUACAUGUAUACAGUUUGAUGGGUCAUACACCGAAUUACUUAAAACUAAAUUAUAACAUGAAGCGAAAAUGUUGGUAUUUUUCUUAUAUAUUCACAUAAAUGACAAAUUUUUUUCUACUAUUUAUGAAUGUUAAAAAAUAGCACAACAAAUUUUUGAUACUUCAAAUUUGCAAAAAAUAGCAAUAUAAAAUUACAUAUUUGAAGUCUUAGUGCUUAAAACAACUUUAAAGUUUUCUCUCCUGUUUUCAUCUGUAUCCUAUAAUAAUUAGUAAAUGCUAUAAAACCCGAGCCCUGAUAAUAACUGUUUCCUAAUCAUAAUAAGCAUGCAAAAGAUAGAUUAUUAUAGAAAUUGUAUAAUUAUUUUACAGAGAUAAUAAAUUUAAUAAAUAUGGGUGUAUGGCUUGUUUUUGAAAUGCAUAAUUGUGAAAUUGAAAUCAUUGAUUCUCUCUGAAGAUUAAUUAUUGUAAUUUAUUAUACGUAAUUGAUCAAGAAUUUGAAAAAUUAACUAAUAGGUAUUAAUUAUUAAACAAGACUUAAUUAUUUUUAAUUAAAAUAAAAUAAAAUAAAAAUAAAAAUACGAACCUUUUGUAAAAAUAAAAAUAAAACAAUUGUUCAAAAUACAUUACAACUUAAAACAUACAUUUAAUUUAGAAUAGAUAGGUUUAUUCGGUAUUAGUAUUGAUUUUAGAAUAUACUGAAAGUAGUAUAUACUAAAUUAAUAGUAUAAGUUAUUUAAUUUCUUAUAUUAUGAUCCAUGCCAUGAGAUUAAUUUUCAUUUUGGAAUUUCUUAUUAAUGUAAAAUAAUUUUAUUUUAGAUGACGGUGUUAUCCAACCUCAUUGUCAUAUUACAAUCAAAUGUACAAAGGAGGUAAAAAUGAAUUAUAUAUAAUAGUAACUAAUUAUAAAUAUUAACAUACAUAUAGUUUGUAUUUUGUAAAUAAUAUUUGAUAAAUAUUUAAUUAGAAAAAAAUAAUAAACAUAUAAUUUAUUUAAUAAAUAAAUAAAUAAAUAAUAUUAAUAACUACAGUUAUUUUUUAAAAGUCUUAAAAUAUAUCUUUAAUUUUAUUUUAGUACCUAUUAGUAAUCUUAAAACAAUACAUUUUUAAAAUGGUUGGACAUUUUAGAUUGCAGGGUUUAAUGGUUUAAGUGAGGCCCUCAAACGAUUGGAUUUCCGUUCUGCUGUACAUGAUGCUCGUCGUUUUCAUUAUAUAUGUAAACUUCUUGAUCUUCUUAUAUCUCAUAAGCUAAAUACAUUAUCUGGUUGUGCCCAAAGAGUUCUAUUUAAUAUAAUUGAAGAAGUUGCUCGCCAAGGUUAGUAUAGAUUAAUAAUUAUUAUUUUCAUAUUAAUCAAUUGUAUAAAUUAUUCAAACAUUUUUAGUUUCUCAAAGUCAACAAAACAAACAUAUGUUAGACCAUCUUUUAGGACAACUUCGUGAGGUGGUUGAAUGUGCUUGCUGGGGUAGACCAUUAGGAUCAACUAUUUUAUGGGAACAACAUUUGAACACUAUAAAUCGUAUUCAUGAAAUAGCUGAUCGCAUAGAAAUCCAUCAAGUAUUUAAUAUUAAUUUGAAUGAUGAACAAAUUAAUAAUAAUAAAAUUAUAUAUUUUGUAUUUUAAGCCUGGUGAUAAUGAAGAACCUCAAUUUGAACAACUACCAGAAGAAUGUGUACGUGAAGUAUUAUUACGAUUAGCUGAUCAUCGAGAUCUGGAGCGCUCUGCACAUGCGUGGGGCGUAAUGGCACGUUUAGUUGAUGAAUUACGUAUUUGGCGCGAAUUAUGUCAAUUUCAUUUUAGUCCACGUCAAAUACAGUCUAUGGUUGAAAGCUCACCCAGUACUAGUGAAGACUGGCAGUUAAUUUACCAUAAGUUAAGAAAGUAAGUAAUAAAUAGAUAAUAAUAUUUUAAUGAUUUGUUUCAUGUACUGUUAAAUUAAUUUUUAGGUGUUAUGGAUUACGGGAAGAGUAUGCUGAAAUGAUACAACUGUGCCGAAAUUGUAGAUGUUUGUUUUGGCAUAGUAUUGGACAUCCUUGUAUUGCAGACACUGACCCAAAUUUUAUGGAAAAACUUGAAGAUGUGGAUAAAAAUUCUUUAUAUGUACCUAUACCGCCACAAGCUUUCUUAAAAUUUUUUUCACUCUAAGUUAAUAAGAUUGAUUAUUUACUAUCCUAUUUAUAAUCAAUGUUAAUAGUUUUUAAUAUUAUUUUAUGUAUUUAGUAUUAAAAUUUUAAGUCAACUUUAAUAACCAUUUGCAUAAUUUUAUCUUUUAGCAGAUUAUACCUUUAUUUUAUAUAAACAUUAGGUAAAAUUUUAAUGGGCAAUAAAACACAAAAAAAAAGAAGAUAAAUAUAGAAAAUAUGUUUCAUAAAAUAAUAAUGAAAUAUACCUAAUCUUUUGAGUUUUAAAAUUAGAUAAAGUAAUGUAUUAUUUAUGAAUUCAUUAGGUAUUAAUUAUGCAAUGGUUUCAAUAUUUUUUGAUUUUUUUAUUUAUCACAAAAAAAUAACUAUUUUUUUCUAGUCAUCUUUUGUUUACUUUUGAUUAUUUUUUCUUUCAUUUAACUGAUUUAGAUUUUGAAAUAAAGUAUCAAACUAUAGUACAGUAAAUUUGAUAGGCUUAGAAAUAGUACUAAUUUAUAUUAAAUUACAUUUUUUUGGAAGGCUACUAAAGAAUGAAAUACAUUGUAUUUUAAUAUAUGUAUAUAGGAUGUAUUUAUAUGAUAAGUAGUUUCCUUUUCACAAAAUUUAGAUCUUAAUUAAUUAAUAUAUAACAAAGGUUUUAAAGGUAAUCAAAUAAUUAUAAUCUAAAAUAAAAAAAAAUCUAACUAAAUAACUUUAAACAAACAAAAUAUUUUCUAUGGGUCAACUUAUUGUUAAAAUGGAAAAUUAUAUUAUUCACAAAUAAUUAUUUUAAUAAUUUUAAAUGUGUAUAACACACACACAUAUAUAUAUAUGUUUUUUUUUAAACUAUUAAAUUAGUGAUAAAUUAAUAAUAUUUUAAAAUUUUAGUUUAAAUUAAAUUAAUUGUAUUGAUUGUUUUUAGUUUAUAUAUCAUUACAUACUUAUGAAUAUAAGACAAUAAUAUAUUUUUGUAGUACUAAAUUAAAAUGAUUAUUAAUUUUACAAAAUAAAUUUAUAUACAUAGAAUUUGUUGAAUUUCAUCAAACAUUAAAAUUGUUUAAUGAUUUUUGCUACUUACCUAUAUUAUAAUCUAGAGUACUUAUAUUUUUAUUUAUAUAUAUAUAUAUAUAUAUAAAACAAUUUGUAUAUUAUGUUUAUUUUACAACUUAAAACAAAAUGAACCUAAUAAAUAGAGUAAAGGUAUAAGUUUAAUAAAUAUGAAAUAAUUUAGUUUUGUUAAAAAUAUACAUUAUUGGAUAUUGAUAGUUAUAUAUAGUUAAUAAUGUUGUAUUUCUUAAAUUUUAUCACUAAUGUUUUUAUUUUGCAUAAAUAUUUUGAAUUCUUAAUAUGCAAUACUGGUAGGAUUGUAUUAUGCAAUCAGAACCUGAUUAUGCAUUUAAAAAAAUAUAAAUACAUAAAUAACACGUUUAUAUUUUUCAGGGUUAUUUUCAAACUAAAUUUAUAUAAGUAUUCAUAUUUAAUAAUAUACAGAUGUCCGUGGUUACUACCAAUGUCAAAAAUAAAAAUAAAUAUUUUUCCUAAUUGAAGUAUAAAAUACUACCUAUUUGGUUUAUAUUUUCUUCUAUAAAAAAAAAAAUUUGAUGUCAUAAAUUUAUAAUUUCUAAAGUGAGAUAGAUAUAGUUUUUGUUUUUAAUUUUUCAAUGUAAUAGUAAAUUACAUUUUUUGUGUUGUGAAAAUACUUUUUAUUUGUGAUUUUAAUUUUAGUUAUAAUAUUGUAUAUGCAUUUUUAUUUGUUACGGAGAUGUUGCAAUUUAUCAUUUUACUCCAUUUCUUUUCUUGUUAAAGUAUUUGUUUUUUUUUUUCAUUUUUCAUAGUCAUGAAAAAAAUUGUUUUAAUUUGUAAUAUUUUAUUAAAAGUAUAUAUUUAUAAGACAAGGUUUUUUUUUUAAAUAAUUAAUUUUUUUAUAUUCAGUAUUACCUUUACUUCAACCAAAUCUUGUCAAAAAUCAAAAAAAAAAAAAUGUCAUACUAGUGUCACUUAUUAAUAAUAUACGAUUUGCUUUGCGUAAAUUUCAAAAUCUAAUAUUUUUAGCAUGGUUAUAAUAUAAUAUUGUAACAUUGAUUAAGUAUACUUAAUUAUUAAUAUACCUACUGUUAUAGAUCAUCUAUAUCAAUAUUAAUUUAAUAAUAAUUAUAUUCAUCAUAUAAUUAUUGUGUUGAAUUGAUAUUCUGAUUAUUCUUGAAUACUAUUUUCUGUAUAUUAUUUAUAUAUUUUAUAUAUUUAAUUAAUAAAAUGCCAAAAAUGUAUUGAAAAAAAAUUAGAUAUUGUGUAUGCUACACAUUGUAAUCAGUUUAAUAUUGUUAGCGCAUAAGAUAUAAUUAACUGGGCAUUUAAUGUUAAGGUUUUAAAUUGUGUUAAAUUUGUGUUUUUUAGUCUCAGUCGUCUCAUGUGUUUGCUAUUUUAAAGUCCGUAUAAACUUGUAAAAAACAAAGUUAGUAUUAAAGAUUUUAUUUAUUUUAAGAUGUUCUAACAAUAAUAAUUUUUUCUUAUAGAUACAAAUAUUC